GUCUCGCUUUGAGCAGAAAAGGUGCAGGGCUUAGGUAUGAUGUCGAUAGCUCUUAUAUCCAUGUCUCCGCAUUUCACCAUUGAUACCGCUGCAUCGCGUGCUGAUGCUCUGCUUGCCGAGCUUCCAGUGAUGAGAACUAGCUGUAGUGGUGCAAUCAGACAGCCAUCCUUUCGCGCCGUGAAUGGUUGUCUCCUGCAGUAUUACACGCAUGUGGCGAUGAUGUGCGAUCUCCGCUUCUUGCGUCACUGGACGCAUACAGGUCACGUGAUCGUGCAUCUCCAGGAUCGUCCACCGCGUCGCCACCAGGAGCUUGAACUCUUUCUAUUGGAGAUUUGGUUGUUUGAAUCUUGUGGUACUCAUGUUUAUGGCAUUGUGUAGUGGGAUUUGCUCGUUGUGGUAUAAAAGGAAAUGCCUCCUUGCGUCUAGAUAGUGAGUGUGGCAGUAGAAAAAAGGACAUGAAGAUAGAAAAUGCAGGAAGUAGGCUUGGGGGAUAAAGAGAUUUGUGAGAGAUGAUUGGUGGCAC